CUCCUGACAUCAGUGCGGUGUGGAAAACGAGCGACCAAUGCGAGCGGCGCGGCGCGGCGGCGGCUGGAUGACGUGCGAUGAUCAGGUGGAGCGACGCAGAUCGGCUGUUCAGACGCGAGCAGCUCCGGACUCUACCGAACGACUGAAGGAAACACGGAGCCGCGGGUCCGCUGCUGCCGCCGUUCGUAUCGCGGACGGUCGCGGUUCGUAAGGGGAUCGCGGCUGCUUUCAUGGUUUCUAGGCAAUUCAGGAACGAUUUCCAGGAUUUGUGAGAAGACGCGUGAUGCUGUGCUUUCUGCUCCUGACGCUCCACUGGACGACGGUCUCUGCAGCGCUGCAGCCGUCCACACGCGCCGCCGCCCUGCAGGACGAUGGAACAAGGCCGUAUAUUUACCGCUGCCGCUCGCCCAACAUGGAGAUCUUCACCUGCUGGUGGCGUCCGAUCGCGAAUCAGGACAACGUCACCUACACGCUCCUGUACACCACGGGUGAGAGAGCUCCUCAGGAGUGUCCCGAUUACGUGACAGGCGGCAUCAACAGCUGCUUCUUCGAUGUCAAACACACUCAGGUCUGGGAGGUGUACUGCAUGAACGUGACGGCGCACACGCGCACGGGGCCCGUCGCCUCCCACAAACACUGCGUGGACGUGGCUGAUAUAGUGGAGAUCGACCCGCCCUUUAACCUGACGUACAUCAUGCUGAACGAGAGCGUGGGUGAAUCGGGCCGCAGCGUUCUGCUGUCCUGGUCGUAUCCGGUCGAGUCUCAAGUGCGAGAGGGAUGGAUUACGCUCAUCUACGAGCUGCGCUACAGACACUUCGCUCAGCCGGACAACUGGAAGAUGAAGGAGCGUUUGCGCGAGCCCCACGUGGAGCUGUUGGAUCUGCCGGUGGGAAAGUACGAGUUCAUGGUGCGCUGCCGCUCCGCCAACAGCAAACACUGGAGCGCGUGGAGCGAGUCCAUCAACAUCACCAUCAACGGCAGACCACUGUCCGAUCGGAUGUUGGCCUUGAUCCUCGUGACCAGCAUCGCCAUCAUGGCCUUCCUCGUCGUGGGUUUGGGCAUCGCCCCGCGAGGCAAGAGAAUUAAAUCGUUCCUCCUGCCGCCGAUUCCCAAACCACGCAUCCGAGGGAUUGAACCGGUUCUUCUGAAGAAGGGGAAGAUUGACGAGAUCAAUCGUCAUUUCUCCAGCUUUCACGGCUACAAGCCGCCGCAGUACAGCAUGGAGACGUGGUACCAGGUGAGCGUGGACGCGUGUCCGGCCGCGACGCCCAGCAGCUUACCGGCGCAGUAUAAACACGAGGACGCGCCGAUCGCUCAGCACGUCGCCCGCCCCGAAGUACAACCGCCUGUUCAGACGAGCUGCAGUCCUGCGCCUUACUGCCUCGGCCCCGCCUCCUACUGCGGGGGAGCCACGCCUCCUCCAGACCCUGGCCCCGCCCACCCGGAGCUCAUGUCCGUCCCAGGCAUGGACUACAGCAUGAUUCUAAACCCCGUCCCCGCGCAGCCGCCGCCGCCGCCUCAGGAUUUCUACACGUGCGUGAACGGCGUGAUGCCCGGCGGGGCGCUGCACCUGGUGCCCUGUCUGCCCGACGCGCUGAAAAACACACCCUACCUGCAGUUCAAAGACGAAGCGGACGACGGCGCGGACAAAAGCAGCCAGCUGUCGGCGCUGCUGGAGAAGCAGAUGGAGGCACUGUUGAGCAGCGGCGAAUCGGACCCGAGCGAUGCUGCCGUGCCUUUGCUACCUCUUUCAUCAGACACGAACUGAGCGCGGAAUCAGCAACCGCUCCAGGAGCCGCAGAUGCGUCCGGUAACGCACGUGCGACGUACAAUCACACACAUACGCAUACGCACACUGACACAGUCCACGAAUCACGCAGUCUGUGCUGGUUUGCCUCGACAGAAGGCAGGGCUGUUGUUUCGGUUCAGAAUGAGCACGCGGGACGCCUGAUUCACAGCACAAGCAUCCGCAGUGCAUAUUUUUUCACAGCACUUUAAGAAACGAGGUUGUUCUCACUGAAGCGAGAUCAGUGUGUCGGAUCAGCGGCAGAAGAGCAGCAGGUGUUUUGGCACCAAAGUCUAGUUUUGCUCGUGCUCAAUUAAAGCAACAGCGCACUGACGAUGGAUGGAUGGACUGAAUGUGAUUUAAAUCAUAUUCAUUGAUUUUAGUAUGUGAAAACGUGUAUUUUUGAUAUUAGAGAAAGUCAUGUAAAUUAUUUUGCUACUAUUCAGAUGCAUAUUUUCUCCUCGUGUAAAUAAGAUUUUUCAGGCGGUUGAGGUCGUAAUACUUAUCCGUGGCCCACUUCUGAUUAUGUGUCAUUAUGUGUCACCAUUAUGGUUGUCGUUCAAUGAAA